GAGAGAGAGAAAACCAAACCCACACAUAGUUGACCAUUACCAUAUACCGCGAAUUAACGAAACAAAAACCAUGCACUCCUGCCUCUCUCACACACACAGACAGAACCCAAACAGAACCCAAAACUAUACGAAACUAGUCAGUCACAGCUCUCAUCAGCUUUCCGAUCUCACCAUGGCAGAGAAGCAGCAGCUGAUCGUGGCCGUUGAAGGCACCGCAGCCAUGGGACACUUUUGGCAAACAGUCCUUUCUGAUUACCUUGAAAAGAUCAUCAGGUGUUUCUGUGGAAAUGAGUUGAACGGGCAGAAGCCCUCUAGUUCUAAUGUUGAGUUCUCCUUGGUCACUUUUAAUACCCAUGGAUCCUACUGUGGGUGCCUGGUACAACGGACUGGCUGGACAAGAGAUGUAGAUAAUUUCUUACAGUGGCUUUCAUAUAUACCCUUUGCUGGUGGUGGUUUCAAUGAUGCUGCAAUUGCAGAAGGGCUUGCUGAAGCUCUGAUGAUGUUUCCUAUUCUGCAAAAUGGAAACCAAAAUCAACAAAAUAUGGAUUCUCAAAGGCAUUGCAUUCUUGUUGCUGCUAGUAACCCUUAUCCCUUGCCAACACCAGUUUAUCGGCCACAGAUUCAAAAUUUGGAGAAGGGUGAAAAUAUAGAAGAACAAACAGAAAGCCGCUCGUCUGAUGCUGAGACAGUUGCUAAAUCAUUUGCCCAAUGCUCCGUUUCUCUGUCAGUCAUUUGUCCAAAACAGCUUCCUAAACUUAGAACAAUAUUCAAUGCGGCAAGGCGCAAUCCCCGGCCUGCAGAUCUAGCAGUAGACAAUGUGAAAAACCCUCAGUUUCUUGUUCUACUAUCAGAGAAUUUUAUGGAGGCCCGUGCUGCUUUAAGUCGUUCUGGAAUUACAAGUUUGCCUUCAAAUCAGAGUUCUGUAAAAGUGGACAUGACUCCUGUUACUUCAGUCACAGGACCGCCUCCAACUUCUAUUCAAUCAGUGAAUGGGUCUAUCAUGAAUAGGCAACCAAUAUCUGUUGGAAAUGUUCCCCCUGCUACUGUGAAAGUUGAACCAAGCACUAUAACUUCCAUGGUAGCUGGACCUGGUUUUUCACACAUGCCACCUGUUGCACGUGCUGCUUCUCAAGGAGUCCCAAGCUUACAAACUUCUUCACCAUCUUCUGCUUCUCAAGAAAUGAUCACAAAUAAUGACAAUGUCCAAGAUUUGAAACCCUUAGUAAGUGGUGUGUCACAACCUGUACGUCCUGUUGGCCCUGCUCCAGCAAAUGUGAACAUUUUGAACAAUCUCUGUCAAGCACGACAAGUGAUGAACUCUGCAGCUUUAACUGGAGGAUCCUCUAUAGGACUUCAACAUCAAACUCCUAUAUCCAUGCAUAUGUCAAACAUGAUAUCCAGUGGGAUGGCAUCUUCUGUGUCUGCUGCUCAAAAUGUAUUUUCAUCUGGACAAUCUGGCAUUACAUCGAUAAGUGGGUCCGGAGCCCUUUCAGGGACUGGACAGGUUGCACAAAACUCAGGUCUUGGUUCAUUCAAUUCGGCAACUUCUAAUGUGUCUGGAAAUUCAAACCUUGGGAUUUCUCAACCAAUGGCUAAUCUCCAAGGAGGUGUUAGUAUGAGUCAAUCAGUACCUGGUAUGAACCCAGGGAAUCUUUCCGGAGCACAAAUGGCACAAAGUGGGAUUGGCAUGAACCAAAACAUGAUGAGUGGCCUUGGGCCAUCAGUUGUCUCUUCUGGAACUGGAACAAUGAUUCCGACUCCAGGAAUGCCUCAACAAGUACAAUCAGGGAUGCAAUCACUCGGCGUAAACAACAACUCAGCAGCUAAUAUGCCAUUGUCACAACAAACAUCAAGUUCUUUGCAGUCAUCACAAUCCAAAUAUGUAAAAGUCUGGGAGGGAAAUUUAUCUGGCCAGAGACAAGGGCAGCCUGUCUUUAUCACCAGACUGGAAGGUUACAGGAGUGCUUCAGCUUCUGAAACGCUUGCAGCAAACUGGCCGCCAACAAUGCAAAUAGUUCGGCUAAUAUCUCAGGACCACAUGAACAAUAAGCAAUAUGUUGGAAAGGCAGAUUUUCUAGUUUUUCGUGCAAUGAACCAGCAUGGAUUUCUUGGACAACUGCAAGAAAAGAAGCUUUGUGCAGUCAUUCAAUUGCCAUCUCAGACAUUGCUGCUAUCUGUUUCUGACAAAGCCUGCCGCUUGAUUGGAAUGCUUUUUCCUGGGGAUAUGGUUGUGUUUAAGCCACAAAUAUCAAGUCAGCAGCAACAACAGCAACAAAUGCAACAGCAGCAGAUGCAAUCUCAACAGCAUCCACAGCUGCAACAACAGCACCUUCCACAACUGCAACAACAACAGCAGCUUCCGCAACUGCAACAGCAGCUUCCGCAACUGCAACAGCAGCAGCUUCCACAGAUGCAACAACAACCGCAGCUUCCUCAACUACAACAGCAGCAGCAGCUGCCUCAACUGCAACAGCAGCAGCAGCUGCCGCAACUGCAACAGCAGCAACCACUCUCGCAGCUGCAACCACAACAGCAACUUCAGCAACUGCAACAACAGCAACCACUCUCACAGCUGCAGCAGCAGCAGCAGCAGCUUCCGCAACUGCAGCAAUUGCAGCAACAGCAACAACUUCCGCAGCAACAACAAAUGGUUGGGACAGGGAUGGGUCAAGCUUACAUUCAAGGUACAGGCAGGUCACAAUUAGUUUCUCAGGGACAGGUUCCAUCACAAGGGCCACCAAACAUGCCUGGAGGGGGCUUUAUGAAUUAAUUAUUGUAUUGACUCAUUCGGGACUUCAGUAUGUUAGGUUAUACAGAACUAUCAGAUUGAACCUACAAUGGGCCUUAUCAACUCAUUACAAAGACUGUAGUCAGCUUACAGAUAAGAGUACCUGUAGGUUUACAUCGAAGCAGAUGUUUUUAUGUCAAAAAGCUAUCAUAGCAGGAGUUCCUGUUAAUGGAUACUUUGUUUUGGUGAAUAAGAUUAAUUUUCUUCUACUGAUCACAAAUUUGGCUUUGCAAACUCGCGUGUAACAAAUAAAUAUUCAUGCUGACAUAUGUUUUGGGGGCAGUAUAUUGUUGAUCUUUCAGCUUCAGUGUUUGAUCAGCCUUAUUGUACAUUCACAAGAAUUGAGUUAAUAAAUAAUGAGAAGUUAGUUAUGUUUGUCUGUC